GGCCCUUAGCGCUAGCUCAUGAUCGUGUUUGUUAGCGCUAUCUGCAGCUCCACGAACAGUUUGUAGCGCUAAAUAGCACGAAUAGCGUCUUUCUGAACGCACCCAUUUUGUUGUAGACGACGCAUAACCCGCAUAACAGAGUCGAGAUGUUGGAAGCUUACGAUGCCAACUAUGACAAAGAACAUCCACGAAAUCUUAUUCCAGAACUGUGCCGGCAGUUUUAUCAUCUCGGAUGGGUGACUGGUACUGGUGGCGGUAUCUCCAUAAAACACGAAGAUAAGAUCUACAUAGCUCCUUCUGGUGUACAAAAGGAACGUAUGGUACCCAACGAUAUGUUUGUGCAAGAUAUCAAUGGAACAGAUUUGGAAUUGCCUCCAUCAGAGAAGAAACUGAACAAGUCGCAAUGCACUCCACUAUUUAUGUGUGCGUAUAUAAGAAGGCAUGCAGGCGCUGUGAUUCACACACACUCCAAGUUUGCUGUGAUGGCAACACUAUUGUGGCCUGGGAAAGAAAUCAGACUCACCCAUCUUGAAAUGAUAAAAGGCAUAUGGAAUCAAAAAGAGGAUAGAGCGUAUCGUUACGAUGAGGAGUUGGCAAUACCGAUCAUAGAAAACACUCCCUUUGAGAGAGAUUUAAGAGAAGACUUAGAUAAAAUUAUUAUUCGUUACCCUGAGACUUGUGCGGUAUUGGUACGCAGGCAUGGGAUUUAUGUGUGGGGUGAUUCUUGGCAACAGGCAAAAACUAUGACGGAAUGUUACGAUUAUUUACUCGAUAUUGCAGUUAAAAUGAAACAAUGUAGAUUAGAUCCAUCAAUAACUCCAAAUGAUUAUGAAUUAAAAUACCAAGCAAAUACAUUAUGAUAUGCACAGAAAUUUAUUAUGAAAUUAAUAUUUCUGUUAACCAUAAUUCUAUGAUGCAACAAU